AUGACGGGGAUCUCACCUGCCCACCCCUACUACCCCCUUGGGGCCAAUAUCAUCGAUUAUUCACCCAACCAAUCCUCCGUGAUCGAGCUACUCGUCACUGCCGGUGGAGGCUGCGCGGCCCUUCUCGGAUUGACUUUUACAGCGGCCAGUUAUGUGCGACCGACACUCCGUAUGGCCGAUCGGAUCGCGAUCUUGUGGUUUGUGCUCUCGGGCACGCUCCACUGCUUCUUCGAGGGCUACUUUAUGAUCAACCAUGACCAUAUGGCGUCAGCCCAGGACUUGUUUGGACAGCUGUGGAAGGAGUAUGCUUUAUCCGACUCGCGGUACAUGACCUCGGACACGCUGGUGCUGUGCAUGGAAACGAUGACUGUGCUACUGUGGGGGCCUCUCUGCUUCGUUGUUGCAUAUCUGACCGCAACGCGGCAUUCUCUGCGGCACCCAAUCCAAUUGAUCGUGUGUAUGAGCCAUCUUUAUGGGGAUACACUGUACUAUGCGACCAGUCUUUUCGAUCACUACGUGAAUGAUGUGCCCUACAGCCGACCGGAGCCAUACUAUUUCUGGCUGUAUUAUUUCUUCAUGAACUUUAUCUGGAUUGUGGUUCCAUUUUAUUACCUUCUCGACAGCAUCCGCACACUCUCGGCUGCCGUUCGAGUUCAGCAGGAGUCAGGCGCGAGGCGUAAAGCCCAAUAG